ACCUACACCUUUAUCUUUGUAAAUUCACUGUCUCAGACUUCACAUUCUCUCUCUAAAAUUCCUUCAGCAAAAUCAGCAGAGAGAACAGAUCACUGAACCAACCCCAACCCUCCUAAACCACUUACUACUAGUUAGUUAUCUAACGGUUUCUUCAUUUCUUUCUUUCUGUUUCAAUUUUUAUUCCUAUUUUACCCUCCAGGCUCUCCCUAAUUUCCAAGCUCAUGCCAUUCCACCAUUAACCAAACUCUCUCUCAAAACUUAAUCAAAAAGAAGAAAGACAAAAAGAAAAGAAAAGAUGAUAAGCUGGAAGGACCUAUACAGCGUCUUAACAGCGGUGGUUCCGCUGUACGUGGCGAUGAUCCUCGCGUACGGUUCCGUCCGGUGGUGGAAGAUUUUCUCGCCGGACCAGUGCUCCGGGAUCAACCGUUUUGUCGCGAUCUUCGCCGUGCCGCUGCUUUCUUUCCACUUCAUAUCCUCCAACAACCCUUACGAGAUGAACUUCCGGUUCAUCGCCGCCGACACGCUACAGAAGGUGAUGAUGCUCUUUGCCUUGGCCAUAUGGACCAACUUCACCGCCAACGGAAGCCUCGAGUGGAUGAUCACCAUCUUCUCCCUCUCCACAUUGCCCAACACUCUUGUCAUGGGGAUCCCACUCCUCAUCGCCAUGUACGGCGACUACUCCGGCCAACUCAUGGUUCAGGUGGUGGUGCUCCAGUGUAUCAUAUGGUACACUCUCUUACUCUUUCUCUUCGAGUACCGCGGAGCCAAGCUGCUUAUUAUGGAGCAGUUUCCGGAAACCGCGGCUUCUAUUGUGUCCUUUAAGGUGGACUCCGACGUGGUUUCGCUCGACGGUAGAGAUUUUCUUGAGACCGAUGCGGAGGUUGGUGAUGACGGUAAGCUUCAUGUUACUGUGAGGAAGUCUAACGCGUCGCGAAGGUCGUUCAUGAUGACGCCGCGUCCGUCGAACCUAACCGGCGCCGAGAUUUACAGCCUUAGCAGUUCCCGGAAUCCGACGCCGCGAGGGUCCAACUUCAACCACGCAGAUUUUUACUCCAUGAUGGGGUACCACCCGCCGAGGCAUUCUAACUUUGGUGCUAAUGACUUAUACUCCGCUCAGUCCACUUCGCGGGGGCCUACGCCGCGUCCCUCCAACUUCGAAGAGAACAUGAGCUCCCCGAGGUUCGGGUUUUACCCGGCGCAGACAGUUCCCACUUCGUACCCAGCUCCCAAUCCAGAAUUCGCUGCCAGCUUGAGCAGCAAGAGCGUCAAGAAUUCACAAGUGCCACCAGUGGCAGCUCCGCCUCCUCCCCCACAGGUUCAGCCUCAGCCACAGCCACAGGGGCAGCAGUUGGUUCAGGCUCAACCUGGUAGCGGCGGUGCUGCUGCUGGUGCUAAAGCGAGCCAUGAUGCAAAGGAGCUCCACAUGUUUGUGUGGAGCUCCAGCGCUUCGCCGGUUUCAGAAACUGGCGGGCUUCACGUGUUUGGCAGCGCGGAUUUUGGAGCGUCCGAUCAGUCUGGUCGCUCCGAUCAAGGCGCGAAGGAGAUCAGGAUGCUGGUUGCUGACGAGCACCCUCAAAAUGGGGAAUCCAACAAAGUGGAAGGUGAGUUUGGUGGGGAAGAGUUGAAGUUCCCAACAGGGAAAGUAGAUGGGGAGCAAGGAGAGGAAGAAGGGGAGAAAGAGGGUCCCGGAGGGCUGAACAAACUGGGGUCGAGUUCGACGGCGGAGUUGCACCCAAAGGCAACCGGAGCGGCGGGGGUUGGAGUGUCAAAACACAUGCCUCCAGCGAGUGUGAUGACGCGCCUGAUACUGAUCAUGGUGUGGAGGAAGCUUAUCCGUAAUCCCAACACUUACUCCAGCCUCAUUGGUGUCAUUUGGUCCCUGGUGGCCUUUAGGUGGCAUGUGCAUAUGCCAAAAAUAAUAGAGAAAUCAAUCUCCAUACUGUCUGAUGCUGGUCUUGGAAUGGCUAUGUUCAGCUUGGGUCUGUUUAUGGCACUUCAACCCAAGAUAAUUGCGUGUGGUAACUCGGUAGCGACUUUUGCUAUGGCGGUUCGCUUCCUCACUGGCCCAGCGGUUAUGGCAGCAGCUUCCAUCGCUGUUGGCCUCCGUGGCACCCUCUUACGUGUUGCUAUCGUUCAGGCUGCACUUCCACAAGGGAUUGUUCCCUUUGUUUUUGCCAAGGAGUACAAUGUCCAUCCAGCCAUUCUAAGCACAGCGGUUAUAUUUGGGAUGUUGAUAGCACUGCCAAUUACUCUAGUCUACUACAUACUCCUUGGUUUGUAAAAAAAUAAUGGAGUGACCCUUAAUUUUUCAACCUUUUUAUUCUUUGGGAGUUAGCAAUGGACGUGCAUGAAAGGAAAUAAUGAUUCUGCAUUUCUGGUGUAUGUUGUUAGCAACCAUGAGGAUUUUCUGGGGAGCAGCUAAGACUAGGAAGAAAAAAAUGACGCAAGAAUCACAAAAUUUAAACGGUGGUGAGAUCCUUUCAUCAGGUUUUUUUCCAAAAUUUUGGGAACAUAUAAAAAUAAAUAAAAAUGAAAAAAGUUGACCUAUUUGGCCCCCAUAUCUUCUUGAAUCUAGUAGUGCCUCCCCCUAU